CUGAGUGGAUGGCGAGCGCGCUGGGAGCGCCGCUGCUGCUGGCCGUGUGGGCCGCACUGCAGGUGGCAGGUUUUCUGGAAGUGGAGAUGGCAGGGAAGACUCAGGUCGUGUUCCUCAAUGACGAUGUCACCAUCUACUGUAAGAUCCCUGGUUCCCCACUCCUGGACAGCAGCAUCAUGGGUGUCAUGUGGUUUCGGAAGAUUCAAGGAUCGGCAAUGGAAGCCAGGCUCUUUGAGUAUUAUGGCGAUCACCAAGCGGCCUUCCGACCUGGAGCCAGCGUGCCUCUUGAGCUGCUGGAGAGGGGAGACGCCUCACUGCGGCUGCCUGCGAUCCAGCUCAGGGAGGCCGGAGAGUACCGCUGUGAGGUGGUGGUCACCCCCCAGAAGGCAGAGGGCGUAGUCCAGGUGGAAGUUGUGGCUUCCCCAGCCGGCAAAGUAACUCUGGACCAAGCCCCAACGAAAGAAAACAGAUACGCACGUGUGGUGUGCAAGUCAGCUGGGUUCUACCCUGAAUCCAUUAACGUAACUUGGGAGAAGUGGACCCAGAAGGCUCCCCAGCACCUACAGAUUUCCGAAGGCAUCUUCACUGGCCCUCCGGUCAAGAAUGAGGAUGGGACGUUUAAUGUUACUAGCUACUGAUGCUGAAGUCGCCAGUGGAAGCUGAUGGGGCCAUCUACCAGUGCGUGGUGGGACACAUAUCCUUGCACACCUC